AUGGCCACCGAAUCUAAGGACCCAAGCACAUUUACAUUCCAUCAUGCCGACCUAGGUCCCAUGACUGGAGUCAUUACACCAAGCAACGUGGUCCAAUUCCGCGCAGUGCCAUAUGCUACUAUACCGGCUCGAUUCAAGCAGUCUGUUCUCGCUGAAACGCUUGCGGGCAAAGACGACUUCACAAAACAUGGUUACGUAUGUCCGCAAGUAUUCAGUGAAAACGUAGUGGGAGGUGGAAAUUUCCCGGGCGAAAGCUUUCCAGCCGCAUCCGACGAAUUUCAAUGUGCCAUCCUCCAGCUUAACAUACCGCUCUCGUGCCUCAAAGAUCAGCCGCCUUCGUCCAAGCUUCCCGUGCUAGUGUACAUACAUGGCGGUGGCUUCGUGCUCGGAAAGAUCGAUGAGCAGCACAGCACAGCCCUAAUGGUUGAGCAAUCGAUUCUUGAUGAUCAGCCUGUUAUCUCAGCAAGCAUACAGUACCGGGUGGGAGCGCUCGGUUAUCUGCACACUCCGGAAUCUGGCAACGCGAAUCUCGCUUUGAAUGACCAGCGAAACGCGCUUCUUUGGAUCCAGAAGUUUGUCGCAGGAUUUGGAGGAGACAGCAAGAGAGUUACCGUGUUUGGAGAGUCUGCUGGCUCCAUGUCAAUAUGUAGCCACAUGCUGUCUGCGCCUCCAUCGUCUGGUCCACUCUUCCAGAGAGCCAUCCUGUGUUCUGGUGUUCUUGGACCAACAACAGCACCGUUAUCGCUGGAGAACGCAAGCAAGACUUACAAGGACUUCUUGAAAAGAAUGGGAAUUGAAGAAGACGGAGAGGCCAGUCUGGAUCUACUACGCAAGGUGGAUGUGCAAAAGAUCGUUGACGCAACUUCUGAGUAUCGUGCGGAUGGCGGCAUGUGGCUGAUCGUCCAAGAUUCAGAAUGGUUUGGCGAUGCUGCUGGAUCGGUAACCUGGGAUCGCAUUCCUGAGUUGCUCAGCAAGUGCGACUGGGUCAAUGAAAUUAUUCUGGGAACUACAGGUUCUGAGGGCAUCACCCUCAUGCAGCAAAUAGUUCCCGUCAGCCCGGACGCAUUCCUCAGUGGCAUUGCAACUCAGUUAGGCGAGCAAAGCGCGGAGCUAGUCGGUAAGGUUUAUGGUGUCGCUCCAAAUACCGACCAGAACUUGUUCCUAACAGCGGGUGCACGCUGGAUGGGCGAUGUUGUUUUCGAUGCGCCUACUCACCAACUAGCACAAUACCUUACCCAGCAUACGAACAAGAAAGUUUACCGUUACCUUUUCGACGUCCGUAACCCUUUUCCUAUUAGUCCCUUUUGGCAACAAGCGCAUCAUUGGGUCGAUGUCUACUUCAUGUUCAAGACGUACCAAUUCCGCUACCCCACCCAAAGACUGAAGGAGAUCUCCACGCAACAUGCGCAAAAUUGGAUCAGUUUCGCAAACGGAAGUACACCGUGGAAGGAAUACAAGUACACUGGUGAUGGAGACGAAAUCGUGAUGGUGGCGGAUGAGAGGGAUGGCUGGGUAGAGAGGACCGUAGGACAGCAUGAGAAACUGGUGGAAAACACGUGGCGGAGGUGCGAAGCAUUGUAUCAAAGCUGGGAUAGUAUGAGAGGCAAAGAGUUCUCACCAUUCGAUAUCGAUCCGAUGAAGGUAAAGAAGGCAGCCUAA